AUGAAUGUCCAUCAGCCCCAGGUGGGGAAACCAGGAGUGACCUCUACCAGGCCCCCCCAACUUGCCUCUGCCUGCAGCUCUGCCACCAAAGCCAGGCUGGCCUACGCCAUCGCCACUGAUCACGGCUGCAUCUGGGACAUGAAGUUCUGCCCCAGCGGAGCCUGGGAGCCGCCCACCACCUGCAGGAAGCCCCCUCAGAUGAGCCGGCUGGGCCUCCUGGCAGCAGCCUUUUCUGAUGGCAAAGUGCUCGUGUACAGCCUCCCGCACCCCGAGGGCCUGAUUGCUCACAAGAGAGCCCAGGUAAAAGGUGGGCCCUUCCCAAAGCACACCAUCUGCAAGGUGCAGUGCAUCGCCACCCUGCAGGUUGGCUCCAUCCAGGCAGGGAACUCUUCUGAGUGCGGCCAGUGCUUCAGCGUCUCCUGGAUGCCUUCCAAGCCCCACCAGCACCUGGCAGCCGGCUUCUACGAUGGCACCGUGGCCAUCUGGAACCUGCCCACCAAGUCCCUGCUGCAGCGUGUGCGCCAGGCCGAUGGCUCCCUCAAGCUCUACCCCUUCAGGUGCUUCCUUGCCCACGACCAUGCGGUCAGGAGCAUCGAGUGGUGCAAAGUCAACAGCAACUUCCUGGUGACGGCGGGGAACGACCGGAAGAUCAAGUUCUGGGACCUGCGGCGGCUCUACGAGCCCAUCAACAGCAUCAAGCGUUUCCUGACCACCGAGAUCACCUGGCUGCUGCCCUACAAUGGCGUCACUGUGGCCCAGGACAACUGCUACGCCUCGUACGGACUGUGUGGAAUCCACUAUAUUGAUGCCGGCUACCUGGGCUUCAAGGCCUAUUUUGUGGCCCCGCGCAAGGGGACUGUGUGGAGCAUCUCCAGCUCUGACUGGCUGAACGCUGUGGCGGCCGGGGACAUCACUGGGGAGCUGCUGGCGGCGGUGCUGCCUGACCUGGCCAUGAACCCGCUCAACAUCAAGCGGCCCUCGGAGCGCAGAUUUCCCAUCUACAAAGCGGAUCUGGUGCCCUGCAGCUCUGCGGGAGGCGAGGAGGAGCCGAGGCCGAAGAGCAGGACGUACAGCGAGAUGACGAAGGAGCAUUGCCUCCGCUUCCAGGACACAGACCUGCGCAACUUCCGAAACUUCUUCAGCCGGGAGCCCAUGCGCAGGAUGCACGAGCAGGAGGUGAAGGCCGAGCUGAGCCUGGACCGCAUGCAGCUGGAGUCCAUCCACAAGGUUCGCUUCAGCCCCAACCUGGACUCUCACGGCUGGCUGGUGUCGGGCGGCCAGUCGGGCAUCGUGCGGGCGCACUGCCUGGUGGGGCUCACCUCCCCUGUGGGCCACAAGCUGCUCCGGGAGUGCCAGGCCCAGUUCAGCGCCAUGGACGGGGACAGGCCGGAGAGCCCCAGCGGCAGGCUUGCCGAGCACGGCCUCCUGCAGGAACAGUAGCCACCCGACCGCCAUCUGCCUGGCCGGCCAGAGCCCUGCACGGGGAACUGCCUCCAGGCUGCAGCGCCUUCCGGGGCUCACCGGGCCUGGGAGGAGACCCGAGCAGCCCAGCCAGGGUCCCUCCUCCAGGCCCUCAGGCUUGGGACCGGUUCAGUGCAUCCUGCAGCCUGCCGCUCCCAUCUGUCCCCCGCGGGGUGCGGGCCUGGGCCUGAGCGCCACGGGGGCAGGCUGGGCGAGCUGUGGCUAGACCCAGCCUGUGAGCCGGGGGCAGACCUGUGCAGGGGCCCCUCCCCCGGCCCUGGAAGUGUGUGUGUGGGGGGGGGGACUGACGCUCUGUGCAGGGGCC